AUGGGUGAUCAAAUCUCUGUGCCUGAAGACUCGCCUCGGUCCUUUGAAGCCAACACGACGGCCAGCAGCUCCCCAAGCAACACUCAGCUUCCAGACUCAUCGUCGGUGCGAGUUCACUUUGCGGGUAAAGAGCUGGGGGUUAUCAGUUUACUCACAGGCACCCCGUUCCUCUUUCCCGAGGGACGGGAAUGGAUUAAAGCUCGCACCGGAGAGCACGUAGCUAUUGACAAACUUAGUCCAACUCGAGCACCUUGGGAUAAAGAACGCGGACAAAACUUCAACGCUGCCCUGAUGAACAUGAACGUGAACGCUUGCAAUCCCUAUGAACUUCCCGACUGGAGAACCGUGAAUUUAUACUUCCAGGCAUAUAGGAGCUCCAAGGUGAUGCGGCGCAUCUUUCCUGUGAUAGACCCAGAGCUAUUUGAGGAGACCCUCAAUACAGCUUAUAGUCAAUCGCAAUAUACCCUCAAAUAUGGCCAAGCUAGCGCCAGAGUUUGUGUCGUUGCAUUUCUUACCUUUGUUUCUCGCCUACCUCAUGUCAAGGACAUUGUCAACUCGGCUACUACUACUACAGUCAGUCCAAUCGACUACGAUAUGCUUGCCACCAAGGCACAGUUCUUUAUGCCUCAAGUAUUACAAGAGCCUGCCAGUCUGGAUGCAGCGCAGGCUAUUACCAUGUUGAUUCUCUUCGAGCUAUCUUGUGGAAACAUGCGGGCAACAAACUACUAUGCGGCAGUUGCCGCACGACUCAUUUUCAUGCUUGGUGGCAAUCUUUUUAGCGGUCACGGCAUCAUUUCGACGGAUGAGCGCAGCCAGCAAAAGCAUUCACAACUACGGAAUCUAUUCUGGAUUUGCUACACGCUUGAUAAAGACCUUGCCCUGCGUACGGGUCAGCCGCCUACUAUCACCGACGAAAACUGUGAGUUGACACUUCCACCGGGCUAUCUCGAUCGAGCAUUCUUGGACGUGGAAAACGAGGAGGCCCCAUGGUACGGUCCAGUAUUUCCAUUCGACUUGCGCCUGAGUCUGAUAAAAGCCCGAGCGCACCGAGAGCUAUAUUCAGUCAGCUGUCUCCAAAAAUCAGAUGCCGAGCUGCUCAAGUCAAUCCGGGAACUCGAUGACUCGCUAGAAGAAUGGCGGCUAUCGAUCCCUCCUAGAUGGCGUCCAACUAUGUCUUUUUCUUCCGAGACCUCCGAUCCACACAUGGGUAUGCACUCUGUCAUGCUGCGUCUGAACUAUCACUUAUGCAUGACCAUCAUCCAUCAAGCAAGUGGAAGAUGCAAGGCAUGGAUGCAAGGACAAAGUGGUAUGGUGGAUGGGGUGAGUUCCAGUAUGGCACUUUCCGUGGAGGCCAGUCGAUCAAGUCUAUGUUACCUCGAGGCGGCAGAGCAUGUGGUGGUUGACGGUGUUUUUUGGACUUUGAUCUUCUAUCCUAUGUCUGCACUGCUCACCAUCUUCUGCAGCAUACUCCAGAACCCACUGGACCCACAUUCGCGCGAAGACUUGGGCCGAUUGAAAGUCGCAACGGUCAUGAUUGAGCGAAUCUUUUCACGGAAACUGAAUGUAAAUGAGCUCGUGCACUUCAAAUUGGUCGCCGAUUUCAUUAUGGAAUUGAAGCGAUUGGCCGAGUGUGCCAUUGACAAGGCCUGGGCGGAGCAGCGCGCAGCCUCUAAUUGA